CAAAGAAUAGAACACGUUUCGAGUGUACACACUUACCGUCAUUGAGAAAUAUUAUAAACUUUACAUUUCUACUACUAUUUAUACAAUAACAAGUCUGGACCACAACGUCCGGUGAGGGGGGAGGUGCAUGCUGGGGGUUGUAGUCUCUGCUGACAGACAGCGCUGGUGACAUUUGUGGCAGGGUUGUUGGUGACCGGGAGGAGCAGAGGUUGAGGAGAGCCACUCAGGGAGGGUGUAGGUGUGCCGUAUCAGGGGCCCACACUGGCAGUGCCCACGGCAAGGGGUGUGGAAGUGAGCUGUAACGGGGGCACACACUGUUAGUGGGGGAAGAGUGAAACUGUAUCAGGGGGCCACACAUUAUACAUUGCCCAGAGCUGGGGGUUGAAGCUGUGUCAGGGUGGCACACAUUUUACAUUGCUCAAAGCUGGGGGUCGAAGCUGUAUCAGGGUGGCACACAUUAUACAUUGCCCAGAGCUGGGAGUUGAAGCUGUAUCAGGGGGGCACACAUACAUUGCCCAGGGCUGGGGGUUGAAGCUGUAUCGGGGGCACACAUUAUACAUUGCCCAGGGCUGGGGGUUAAAGCUGUUUCAGGGGGGCACACAUUAUACAUUGCCCAGGACUGGGGGUUGAAGCUGUAUCAGGGGGGCACACAUAAUACAUUGCCCAGGACUGGGGGUUGAAGCUGUAUCAGGGAGGCACACAUUAAACAUUGCCCAGAGCUGGGGGUUGAAGCUGUAUCAGGGGGGCACAUAUUGGAAGUGCCCAGGGGAGGAGAGCAAGUAUAGGAAGGUGGCAGAGUCAGCUUGUGCACAGGGUAUAUUCAUAAAUCUGCAUAGUGUCAGUAUAGGAUAAUGCCAGCUUCUAAACAGGGCAAAAUAUUACACAACAUACAUAUGUAUACCGGGCAUUACAUAGAACAGUGCCAGGUUAAGAAUAAUAUUAAUCAUGUAUAUUUACUGUAAAGUAUAGCUGGUAACACUGGCAUGUCAUACUAACCAGUGUCUGGCAUCUCAGUAUUUUAAAUGCCACUUGGCCCUCAAACCUCCAUAUACAGUACAGAGUGAUAUUGGCGUUGUACACCUAUUUAUUUUACUUCCUGCUCAUUAUUGGCCAGUGCCAUGAUCUGAUACAGGUUGGCAUGUGGUUGGUGCUGAGUCCAUAUAGGUGCAGAGUAGGCUGUUUGUAAGGUGUCCUCCUUUUAGGAUAGGAUAGGUGUAAUGGCAGCCUGGCCACAGAUGUUUUGCAGGUUGGUGAAGAAGAGAUUAUCCUGCUGGGCACAGGGGAUUUCACCAUCAGGAGUGCUGGCAGCACACAGAGGACUGACAUCAUCAGAUGUCCAUAGGUCACCCAGGUUUGGUCUCCUCUUCGACAUUGAUGGCGUGUUGGUGAGAGGCCGGAAUCCCAUCCCAGGGGCGGCUGAGGCAUUCAGGAGGUUGCUGGGAAGAGAUGGGCGGCUGGCAGUACCCGUUGUCUUUGUAACCAAUGCUGGGAAUUGCCUACGCCAGGAGAGAGCGAAAGAGCUGAGCCGAGUCCUUGGGAUUGAGGUGUCCCAUGAUCAGGUCAUCCUUUCCCACAGUCCUUUUCGAAUGUUCCGUCAGUUCCAUGACAAGCGGGUCCUGGUGUCCGGUCAGGGACCAGUGGAAGAGAUUGCCAAGGACCUAGGCUUCCGGGACACAGUCACAAUUGAAGAUAUCAGAAGGGCUUUUCCACUACUGGAUAUGGUGGAUGAAACUCGCAGGCCUAAGAAUCUGGUUCCGUCCCCUCUCUUGACUUUCCCUACUGUAGAAGCCAUCGUUCUGUUGGGGGAGCCAGUGCGCUGGGAGACCAGCUUGCAGCUAAUCCUGGAUGUCUUGCUUAGUUCUGGCAGGCCGACCGAGUGGCAGAAGCAGCCGCCAUACCCGCACAUUCCUGUGUUGGCGUGCAACAUGGAUCUUCUCUGGAUGGCGGAGGCAAAAAUGCCCAGGUUUGGACAUGGGACGUUCUUGGUGUGCCUGGAGACUUUGUACCAUAAAAUCACUGGGAAAGAGCUGCAUUACGAGGCCCUGAUUGGCAAACCCAGCAUGGUGACAUACAGCUUCGCGGAGCAGCUGAUUAUGAGCCAGGCAAGAGAGCGUGGCUGGGACACUCCAAUACAGACUUUGUAUGCUGUUGGUGAUAAUCCCAUGGCGGAUAUUUACGGCGCCAACCUCUACAAUCGUCACUUGCAGACACAGAGAGAAGGCUCUUCAUCAGGCCGCCCGCAGAACUGUGAGUCCAUACUGGUGUGUACCGGUGUUUAUGGAAAUCAAAAAGAGGUGCCGGCAGACCCAAGAGAGAGCAUCACAGAGACCGUUUUCCACGGGCACCGUGAUUUCCAGCUAGAGCCUGGCCUGGUGGAGGCACACCAUGUGGUACAGGACGUGGAGCAGGCUGUGGAGCUGGUGCUGAAGAAAGAAGGCCUGAAUCCCCAAAUCUGAGAGGCGCGAUGACCCCAGUUCCCAUUUCACGAAUCAAAGGAAAAUAUACAUAGAUGCUUCAGGGCCUUCAACUGGAAGACUCUAUGCAUGCACUGCAAAAUUCUAUUGCCCAGAGUGUCCUAGAAAAUGAUCACAGCAUUUUUAUUCUAUAAUGGACUGAACCAGUCUGUGUUUCUUUUGUGAAAGGUGUGCACCAUACAGCAUAUGGGGCAAUCCUAAAAGGAUAAGUUCACCUUUGUAACAUGUUACAUGUUCUACCUGUAUUUAGGGUGUAACACAUAACAUGUUCCCAAAGAGCACCUGCCUGUGCCCCUCUAAUUCCCCCCCGUGACAGUGGGCAUGGAUCUUCUCACCAUUUGAAAAGAGUGAUCUGUGAACGAAUUACAACUACCAUCUUCCACUGUGGCAGAUGGCUUGUAGUUCUCAAUAAACUGUGAGAGCGCUGUAGUAGUACAUUGAUCUUCCUGCUCUCCAGCAACUGUCAGCCCGUACAGGAGUAUGGGCAGACAACUAUACUGAGAUUCUGCAGAAGCCCGACAAUUUGCUGAUCGUGGGUACAGGCUCCAGUAAAAAAAAUAAUUAAUGCACAUUUUUUUUUUUACCUGCAAAAAUAUGUGCAUUUAUUAUUAUUAUUUUUUUAAAGGGGAACUCAGCCUUUAAAAAGUGUUUUAAAUGUUACACUUUAUUAGUAACAUUAACAGCAAGGUCCAAAUGAGAACCUGUAAUAACUGAGCUUAUGUAAGGAUUUUAUGUAUUCAGAAAUGUGCAGGGUUACUAAGAAUAUGGCAAUUUCUUUCCCAUCCAGUAAGAGAUGCUGGAAGCCUUAACCACUUCAGCCCCGGACCAUUUUGCUGGUCGAAGACCAGGCCACUUUUUGUGAUUCGGCUUUA